CGGCAGCCUCACACCCGCCGCCCCCGUCCCCUCCUCUGCGGCGCUGAGGGGAAAUAGCGGAUCGCACCCAUCGCCCGCCGCCGCUUUACCUCAAGGAGGGCGGCCGCCCCCCGGACCCCGCCCGCUGGGCGACACUGCCGGCUGCUGGCUCGGGGCAGGGGGCCCGCGGCUCGCUUGGGGGCUUGGCGCCGGUGUAACGGGCCCUUCACGAAGCGGGGCUGCGGUGUGGGAGAGCCAGGGCCGCGGGCUGAGCCAUGUCUCAAGCCGUGCAGACAAAUGGGACGCAACCUUUAAGCAAAACAUGGGAGCUCAGUUUGUACGAAUUGCAAAGAACGCCUCAGGAAGCAAUCACCGAUGGCUUGGAAAUAGUGGUGUCACCCAGGAGCCUGCACAGUGAACUGAUGUGUCCCAUCUGUUUGGAUAUGUUAAAAAACACCAUGACAACAAAAGAAUGUUUGCAUCGCUUCUGUGCUGACUGUAUCAUUACAGCCCUCAGGAGUGGCAACAAAGAAUGCCCCACGUGUCGUAAAAAGCUAGUUUCGAAAAGAUCACUGAGACCAGAUCCCAAUUUUGAUGCUCUCAUCAGUAAAAUUUAUCCAAGCCGAGAUGAAUAUGAAGCUCAUCAGGAGAGAGUGCUAGCAAGAAUCAGCAAGCACAAUAACCAGCAAGCUUUAAGUCACAGCAUUGAGGAAGGAUUAAAGAUUCAGGCUAUGAACAGGCUACAGAGGGGCAAGAAACAGCAGAUUGAGAAUGGCAGUGGAGCAGAAGACAACGGUGACAGUUCGCACUGUAGCAAUGCCUCAACACACAGCAAUCAGGAAGCGGGGCCUAGUAAUAAAAGGACCAAAACAUCGGAUGAUUCUGGGUUAGAACUGGACAAUAACAACACAACUGUGGCAAUAGACCCCGUCAUGGAUGGUGCUAGUGAAAUCGAAUUAGUCUUCAGGCCUCAUCCAACCCUCAUGGAGAACGACGACAGUGCACAGACGAGAUACAUCAAGACCUCAGGCAAUGCCACUGUUGAUCACUUGUCCAAGUAUCUAGCUGUGAGAUUGGCUUUGGAGGAGCUUCGUAGCAAAGGAGAAUCAAACCAGAUGAACCUUGACACGGCCAGCGAGAAGCAGUAUACCAUUUACAUUGCUACUGCCAACGGGCAGUUCACUGUAUUAAAUGGGUCAUUUUCCUUGGAACUGGUCAGUGAGAAGUACUGGAAGGUGAACAAACCCAUGGAACUGUACUAUGCGCCAACAAAGGAACAUAAAUAAGCUGUGCUGGAAAACUGAGAUGGGACUAACUCUUUUUAUAGCUAUGACUUCUUUAAUAUUAAAAGAAGGCACCACCAUUAUCUUCACGGACAAUACAUGUGAUGCCUUCAGGCUCUCUCAGUAUACUUAUUAACACGAUUAGACAGUAUUCUGGGUCGUAUUUAAUUUAGUCUUUGUUUUGGGUUUUUGGUUUUUCCUUAGGAGACUAAAUGACCUUCUCCAGUGCAUUCCAGUGUUUGACAUGCUUUUUUGUUCCUAAUGCAUGAUAACUGAACGCGUGUUCCGGUUUGGAAUGUCUUAAUUUUGUCCAGGUAAAUCUGGAUUUCUAAUACAUUUGACACAGUUUAUAGUAGCCUCUGUGAAGUAUUGAGCAUUGGAUGGCUAAGUAAGUCUAUUCAAUAGUGACAUAUGCCAAGGAAUGUGUUAAAUGUUGCAAUUUGCUAAUGGUUAUCCAUGUAACAGAUUGUUAGAGAAUUGAUUUCUGAUAGUCUUGCAGCUAGAGGUAAUCUGAUUCCCUAGAAAAGAUUUAUUAGUCAUUUUCUUGUGAACAAGUAGAGCUGUAGUGAGAAAACUGACACUUUAAAACCUUGCUGUUUAUUGGGCUGAACAUGUCAGUGCAAGGUGAUUAAUGAGAUUGGUUUGCUUUUUAACAAAUAUUUCAGUCAAAAAGACCCCCAAAAACCCGACUCCUCCCUGUGUAGAAGAUGUCGGUCUUGAUGCAUGCUGCAGCUUCCCACCUGGCUCCUGCUGCAGCAUUAUCUUGUCCUCACAAGCUUAAUUGAACAAAACAUUCCAGAAGUUUUACAGCCCUACUCUGUUCCCUGUAACAGAUUUUUACUGUGAAUAUAUCAGAACUUUCUACAAAGAUCUGUCUUGAAAACUUUUUUUUUUUUAAAGCAAAUCCCUGAAAUUCCACCACACAGACAUAAUGCAACAUUGAAAUGCUUUGCUUUCUGGAACUGAUGGCCCCCCAGCUGUGAACUUAUCCAGGCUUCAGUCUGGGUAGGGAGGACUUCAACCAUAAGCUGCUCAAAGAUAUUUUUUUUUUCUUUCUUUGCCAUAGCUUUAACAAAUGUGGCUUAGCACUUUGGAAAACAAUUUUAGUACUUGACAAAGUUUACCAUUUAGUGUCUUAAAUUUAGGUUCAAGUUUUAAAACUUGGCAGUAGGCUGUUGUAUAAAGUCCAGUAGCUACUGUUCAUUUGCAUGUUAAACUCCUCUUCCCUCGCUCUGGACCUUGCUGUCGCUUGAUGGGGGUUGCUUUACCUAUUAGUGUUCUGUCAUAAGGGAAAUGAUGUCACCGUGAGAUUCCCUUUGCUGUAAGACUUGCUGAUGAAGCCUUCACCCGUUUGCACCUGAAGCUAGAAGCAAAAGAAGUUGCUGUGAUAGGUGAGAAGAAAUACACUUCAAACCAAGUGGUAUUGGUCCUUCUUUGUCUUGCCUGUAGUUAGACUGUGUUUGGCGUGUGGUAUGUAAGUAUUCAGAUGCUCGGGGAUUCUCUCGGGAAGGAAGUACCCUUCAUCGCUUCCGUCUGUCAGCCUAGCACUUGUAAAUACAUGUCCAUUCCAAUUGCUGUUUCAGAUCAGCUUUAUCCCAAUGUAAAAACUGCACAGGCUUCUUUGAGUAACUGUUAUUUUCUCUUACUGGAAAGACCUGAGUUUUUUGUGACAUGAAAUGGAAGUUUUCAGGCCCCAGAACAGAGGGGGCAGGUUUUAAGGAAAGAGGUUAUUCAUGACUUUCUGGUGAAAUAUUGCAUUGUAUAGACUAGUAGUGCAUGUCCACUAAAUAUAAUCUGGGGGGUGGGAGAGCGGUGAUUAUAAAUGCUUUAAAAUUUAUGGGGAAACUUCUAGAUUAGUUGCAGCAUACCUUCCUUCCCAUUGUGAUAACUAAGGUAAUGUCCAGUCCCUUAAGCAAGAGAGGUGUUUGUGAAGCUGAGCAGUCUGUCUAGGAGCUGUCUGUCACUUUGUCCCCAGCUUUAAAAAGCGUGGGAGAAUGUGAAGCUUUUAUUUUCAUGUUGUAGUGAAUUUACUGAAUAUUUAUGUUCUUUAUUAUAUAUAUAUAUAUAUAAUGUAGUUGUUUGAUUAAACCAUUGAUUGCACUGUGA